CACCACGUGACAUCAGCACUGGGCCUUCGGUCUGUUUUCAGUAGUCGGAGAGGAAGAAAAAUGGCGGCUGCGACCGAUCAGAAGCGGGACGCCAGCCAUUCGUUUUGAGCUUUCUCACGUAAACCGAGACCGGGGCUUUACGGGACUACUUCGUUGGAAUCUACGCAAAUCAAGCUUUCUGGCGGUACCCGUUUUUCUUGUUUCUGUGAAGGCUAAAUAAACGCAGAAAUUGAAAUUGAAAAUAAUAGCUUUUAUAUAUAAUGAGGGGGAAAAGAGGCAGGCCGCCCAAAACCCUGCGGAUGCAGGAGCCUUCAUCCGAGCCGGAACGUGGCUUGAGAACCAGGAGGGAGUUGAGGGCAAAGGGGAGAGGUAGUGCCGAGGUCGAUUUUGAGAGUCCCAAGAGGGGAAAUAACUCUUCGUCUAGGGGCAGGAGGAAAGUGGGAUCAUCUCGCGGUAGGGGAAGAGGCAGAGGUUGUGGUGGCAGAGGUACUAGGGGCAGACGGUCAAUCGCUAGAUCUGUGGUUUAUGAUGAUCAUGAAAGUGAUGAAGAUGAUGAUGCUGUGAGUUUGAGAUCUGAGGAGGACGAAUUGAUAGAGGAAGAGACGAUAACAGACGAGGAAGAAGAGGCCCUCAACGAGGAGUCAGACCCGCUUGAGGAAAUACUCGAGGAGGAUGAUGAUGAUGCCAGCUACUGUACUGAAAGCAGCUUUCGGAGUCAGAGCACUCAUGGCAGCACUCCGGGGCGGAAGAGGACGCGGGUGCACUGCCCUCGCUCGCCCAUCUUUGAGGAAAAGGAGAUCCCUCCUCUGGAGCUGCCCAGAACCUCUGAGGAUCUCAUGGUGCCCAGCGAGGAACUGCUCAACGUGUCCUCCAUCUACGAGGUCCUGCGCAACUUCAGCACGGUGCUGCGGCUCUCUCCCUUCCGCUUUGAGGACUUCUGUGCUGCGCUGGUAGGCCAGGAGCAGUGCACGCUGAUGGCAGAGACCCACACAGCCCUACUGAAGGCCAUCCUGCGUGAGGAGGACACCUCCAACACCACGUUCGGUCCUGCUGACCUCAAGGACAGCGUCAACUCCACCCUCUACUUCAUUGAUGGUAUGACGUGGCCCGAAGUGGUCCGUGCCUACUGCGAGAGCGACCAGGAGUACCACCAUGUCCUGCCCUACCAGGAGGUGGAGGACUACCCCUAUGGCCCUCUGGACAGUAAGAUCAAGGUGCUGCAGUUCUUGGUGGAUCAGUUCCUCACCACCAAUAUCGCCCGCGAGGAGUUGAUGUCAGAGGGGGUGGUGCAGUAUGAUGACCACUGCAGGGUGUGCCACAGGUUGGGGGACCUGUUGUGCUGUGAGACCUGCUCUGCUGUCUACCACCUGGAGUGUGUGAAGCCGCCACUGGUAGAGGUGCCGGAGGACGAAUGGCAGUGUGAGAUCUGCGUGGCACACAAGGUGCCCGGGGUCACAGACUGUGUGACAGAGAUGCAGAAGAGCAAACCCUACAUCCGCCAGGAGCCCAUCGGCUACGACCGCCACCGGAGGCAAUACUGGUUCCUAAACCGAAGGAUAAUUGUUGAGGAAGACGGGGAGCAUGAUAAGAAGAAGAUCUGGUACUACAGCACAAAGGUCCAGCUGGGAGAGCUGAUAGAGUGUCUAGACAAGGAGUACUGGGAAAACGACCUGUGUGCCGUCCUCGAGGAGAUGAGAGAGGAGGUGCACACUCACAUGGACAUCACUGAGGACCUCACCAACAAGGCCCGCGGCAACAACAAGGCCUUCCUCACGGCAGCCAACGAUGAGAUCCUGGAGCGUGUGCAGGGCAGGCAGGAACGGCGAGCAGUGGAGCAGGCAGAGAAGGCCACUACAGACACUACCAAGAUAGAGGAAGAGACCCCCACACACUGCUCUCCACUAUCAGACCACAGAGAGCUUCAAGACUCAGAGUCUAAAGAGGAGGCAAGCUCACAAGAGGAUAAGCCUGUAGACUCAGAGUCCCAUGGAGAGGAGGACCCCUCUGCCCAGUGCCAGCCUACCCCACCACCACACCCUGGAGACGAGAACAGCAACAGCAGCCACGUCUCAGCGCCUGGGGUCCUCAGGAGGCCUGAAGAGCCAAACCUCGCUGACAGGUCCUCUCAGUCCUCCAUCACCAGCCAGGACGACACGGGUGAAGGCAAGGAGAUUGGGAAUGGUGAGGGGUCAGCGUCUGGAUUGACUAACAAUCGCAUAGUGACUCGUCUGCGUAACCCGGAGAGUAAGCUGAGCCAGCAAAAGACCCAGGGAGAUGGCAGCCCUACACCCAGGGACAGCAAGGAGACAUCUCCUCCCAGCUCUGAGAGUGAAGUGGCUCUUCUGGGUACUGUGAGGAAAGACUUGACGGUGAAGGGCAACCUGAACAACUUCUUCAAGCUGGGCCAGGAGGGCAAGUUCCGAGUCUACCACAACCAGUUCAGCACCAACACACUGGGCCUCAACAAGCACCAGCAUCGUGAGGACCACGACAAGCGCCGCCACCUCUCCCAUAAGUUCAGCCUAACCCCCGCCGGGGAUUUCAAGUGGAACGGCUCCAUCCAUGGCUCCAAGGUGCUGACCAUCUCCACCCUGCGGCUCACCAUCAUCCAGCUGGAGACCAAUGUCCCCGCCCCCUUCCUGCACCCAAACUGGGCCUCGCACAGGACAAACUGGAUUAAAGCGGUGCAGAUGUGCAGUAAGGCUCGGGAGUUUGCCUUGGCGCUGGCCAUCAUGGAGUGUGCCAUCAAACCAGUGGUCAUGCUGCCUGUCUGGAAAGAUGCGCUUGGACACACCAGGCUCCAUCGCAUGACCUCCAUGGAGCGGGAGGAGAAAGAGAAGGGGAAAAAGAGAGAGAAAAAACUGGAGGAUGAGGAGACUAUGCAGCAGGCCACCUGGGUGAAGUACACCAUCCCCAUCAAACACCAGGUGUGGAAGCAGAAGGGGGAGGAGUACAGAGUAACUGGGUACGGGGGCUGGAGCUGGGUCAGUAAGACUCACGUCCAUCGCUUUGUUCCCAGGCUACCAGGGAACACCAACGUCAACUACCGCAAAGUACUCGAAGCAGCUAAAACUGGCAAAGAAAAUGCAACAUCCUGCCCGAACAAACGAAAAUGUUUGCCCAAAGCACCAACGAGCUCGGAAACCCAGGCAAAAGAAGAGUCUACUCCAAUUACUGAAGAAAAAGACCAGGAGGAAACCUCCACCAUGGAGCCAUCUGGGAGCACUUCACCAGGAGAGGGGCAGACUCUGAAAGAGAAGGAAGAGAAAAAUAUCACAGACGUGGAGGAGAAGAAAGAUGAUCAGGUGGAGGAGAAGACUGAGGACAAGAUGGAUGUUGACCCCAGUCCACCAGAUGCCUGUCUCAGUGAGGAAAAAGGUAUAGUGGACAGCAAAUGUCCCUCAUCACUGGCUGACCCUGCUGUGAAGGAGGAGCCCGGGGAGGAAGAAGAACCUAAGCAGGAGGACUCUGAGGCCAAGCCACCUGUCCGCCCCUUCAACUGGGAUGUGGUGAACGUCAGCGAGGGCUUCCAGCUCCGUACGGCCUACAAGAAGAAGGUGAAGACGUCCAAGCUCGACGGGCUGCUGGAGCGCAGAGUGAAACAGUUCACCCUGGAGGAGAAGCAGAGGCUAGAGCGCCUCAAACAGCAGUCAGCCCUGGCCAAACACACAGUCUCCAAGGAGAAAGUUAACACAGGGACUCCCACCACCAUCAAGGCUUCUAUAGCAGACAAGUUAGCAGUGACACCGUGCACAAGUCUGAAAGCUGAGAGACAAGCAGACUCAGUAGUUAAAGACACAAUUGUUAAAAGGCUUGACUUUGACCAGGAGCAGCCAGUGAAAUCCCAGCCUUCAGGAGAGACAGAUAAUCUGGACGUCAGAUUAGGCUCCACCUGUAAACCCCAGGCAGCAGGAGCCACAGGCCCCAACCUCAACACCACAGAGUUGGCCAACCAUGAGAGCAGCGUUCAGGGAAAUGGUGGGGAUGCGUUAUCUCAAACAGAGCUGAAUGGAGGCUCCCAGAAAAGCAUAGACCUCAACAACAAAGUCAAUUUGACAUCUCUAGAACUGGCUUUAGGUGCCCCCAAACCUCCCAGAGCAGAAGUGACGAUAGCAGGAGAAAACGGUAGGAAGCAUGGUUAUGAGGAGACAGAGCAAGGUAAUGGACAGAGGGAGAUAGAAAGCAAACCACAUUUAGUGCAGGUGAAUGGGAAAGACGCUGUUGACACCAAGGCUCCUGUAGACUCAAAGAUGCACUUAAACCUGGCCAACAAAGUGGACACCAAGGUCAUGCUCCAGACGUUAGAGGGUGAGAUCAAAACACUGCCAGUGAAGGAGCCUAUAAAAUCCAUUAUGAACGGUACUCUCUCUCAAGACGGGUUAAAGGUCAACAACACUGUGUUAGCCACCAGCCCAGCCACGGCGGACGUAGAGAGAAGGGUUGUGGUGUCUGAGCCUGACUAUCUGCCACCUCAGAAGGUUGCCAGACUGGAGAAUAAUGGCGACAGGGUGGCAGACUCCGUCACGUCGUCACUGUUAGGGCCGCCCACUGGUGUUCCCACGGUAAGCAACAGCACCGAGUCUCAGCCAAUGGAGAUUGGGCAGACAGCAUCCAAUAAGAUCACCCCGUUUCCUAUCCCCACUGCAGAGGAGUCCAGCUUGAGUAACAACACCACAGUGAACAGCAGUAGCAGUACUGGGGUGCUGAAGACCAUCACCCAAGUCACCACAACCACUACUACCACCAUGUCAACAGAGUCUCGCACGGUGCAGAUAGCCGAGGUCUCCAGCAGCACUAAGCCUGCAGUGAUCCCUGCUGCAGAGAGCAGUGCUGUAUCCACCCUCACCACCAUGACCAAGACCACCGUCACCAGGGUCUGCUCCCCGACCCUCGGGGCCACUGUCUCCGAGGAGACCAAGACUGUUGUCACUGCAAUGUUGACAGAUGCCAAAUCUGGCCCCUCAGGCUCUUCGGUCACCUCCAUGACAGUCAGUAAGGAGUACUCCACCAGAGACCGUGUCCGGCUGCUAAAGUUCUCCCGCUCCAAGAAGACCCGCUCUGGCACGGCCCUCCCCUCCUACCGCAAGUUCGUCACCAAGAGUAGCAAGAAGAGCAUCUUUGUACUGCCUAAUGAUGACCUGAAGAAGCUGGCGAGGAGAGGGGGCAUCAGAGAGGUACCUAUCUUCAACUACAACGCCAAGCCAGCCCUGGACAUCUGGCCCUAUCCCUCCCCCAGACCCACCUUUGGAAUCACGUGGAGAUACCGUCUCCAGACUGUGAAGUCUUUGGCGGGGGUCAGUCUGAUGCUGCGGCUGCUCUGGGCCUGCCUGAGGUGGGAUGACAUGGCUGUCAAGCCCUCCCCUGCUGUAGGAACCACCCGCACAGAAUCCUCGGAGACGGCGAUCACCACAACAGAGAUCAUCAAGCGGCGAGAUGUGGGGCCGCACGGCAUUCGGUCUGAAUACUGCAUCAGGAAGAUCAUCUGCCCAAUUGGCGUUACCGAAGCUCCCAAAGAAACUCCCACUCCCCAGAGGAAAGGCCUGCGCUCCAGCGCUCUGAGGCCAAAGAAGCCUGAGCCGGCCAAGCAGACUGGACCCAUCAUCUUAGAGACGUGGGUGGCCGAGGAGGAGCUGGAGAUCUGGGAGAUCAGAGCCUUUUCAGAAAGGGUAGAGAGGGAGAAGGCCCAGGCUGCAGACCAGGCUAAGGUUAGUAGAACGCUGAAGACAGCAGAGGAGGCCAAGGCCCAAUUGGAGGCUCAGCUAAAGCACCAGAGAUUGGCUGCUCAGCAGAAACGGUUGGAGCAACAGAAGCCUGGUGCCACCACCUCCACCCCCACCAGCACCCCUACAACCUCAGCUUCUGGCACUCCGGCAUCCCUGACCAGCCAGGUCACCCCGGGGACUAAACUGGUCCUGGCCACUAAACUGGGGACACCUGUCACAUUCCAGCAGAACAAGAACUUCCAUCAGUCGUUUGCUUCCUGGGUCAAGCAGGGCCAGGGUAGUCCAGUCUCCACUUGCUCACGGGCCACCGUGGCCAACAGCAUGGUCACCACCUCUGGACAAACGUUCCAGAUCUCUGCCAGCCCGGUGACCAUGGCUGGCCAGGUCAUCACCGCCAAGCUACCCAUCCCGGCCAACAGCAAGAUUGUUACGGUCAACAUGCCAACCACACAAGGAGGUAUGGUGCAAGUCCAGCAGAAUGUCAUGGGCAUUAUUCCAUCCAGUACCCCAGGCAACCAGCGGACCUACUCCUCAUUCCAGAACCGCAACGCCACCAUCAACAUCAGACCCAACACCUCCACCUCAACCACCACUCAGCCGGCCAUUGCCACCGGAGCCCAGAUCCGUCCGGGCAUGUCGGUGAUCCGAUCUCCCCUGCAGCAGGGCACCACCAUGGGCAAAACCAUCAUCAGAACCCCCUUGAUGAUGCAACAAGGUAUUCUACCAGCCAGCCAGCAGCAGGUGGUGACUCAGAUCAUCCGGGGCCAACCUGUCUCCACAGCAGUUUCCAGUGCCAGCCCUGUGCAGACCAGCGCAGGCCAGAGGAUGCUGGGUGCUGCCCCGUCCCCCCGUCCUGUCACCCCUGCCACCGGGCAGUCCCCAUCACCAUCCACCCCCCAAGGCGGCCGACCACAGCAGGGCCAGGUCAAACUCACCCUGGCCCAGCUCACCCAGCUAACGCAGGGGGCACAGGGAGGGAACCAGGGUCUCACAGUAGUAAUCCAGGGACAGGGACAGACCACAGGCCAGCUGCAGGUCAUCCCCCAGGGGGUGACAGUCAUCCCAGGCCCUGGGCAACAGCUCAUGCAGGCUGCCAUGCCCAACGGCCAGGUGCAGCGCUUCCUCUUCACCCCAGGGGCAUCAGCCCCCACCCCCGCAACCACGGCCAGUGCUGCUUUCAACCCCGUCACAGCCCCCACAACAACACCCUCAGUGCCAGCGCCGUCUCAGCCUCCGGUUCAGACUCCCACCACCUCUCAAGCACCGGCACCACCAGUCCAGCCCCCUCAACAGGCUAUCGCUCCUGUUCAGCCCCCUCAACAGGCUAUCGUUCCUGUCCAGCCCCCUCAACAGGCUAUCGCUUCUGUCCAGCCCCCUCAACAGGCUACCGCUCCUGUCCAGCCCCCUCAACAGGCUACCGCUCCAGUCCAGCCCCCUCAACAGGCUACCGCUCCAGUCCAGCCCCCUCAACAGGCUAUCGCUCCUGUCCAGCCCCCUCAACAGGCUAUCGCUCCUGUCCAGCCCCCUCAACAGGCUAUCGCUCCUGUCCAGCCCCCUCAACAGGCUAUCGCUUCAGUCCAGCCCCCUCAACAGGCUAUUGCUCCAGUCCAGCCCCCUCAACAGGCUAUCGCUCCAGUCCAGCCUCCUCAACAGCCUAUCGCUCCUGUCCAGCCCCCUGCCCUCGCUCCUGCCCCCCCUCCAGUGUCCACACAUCAGACUCAACCCCCUCAGACUCAAGUCCACAUCCCCCUCCAGUCCCGCACUGCAUUACCCAUCCAGCAGAUAGCCCAGAUCCCAACCUCUCCACAACAGGUCCAUAUGAAGACUCUCUCGGUCUCCCCCUCUAUCACCCAGGCCACAGUGAGGCCCAUCCAGGCCCAUGCUCAACUCCAGCCCCAGGUUACGGCUCAGAUCAGGCCCCAGCAGCAGCUGCAUCUCCACCACCAACACCAGCUGAUCACAGUGCCGGGGCUGCAGCCGCAGGUUCAGGUGCUGGGCACCAUCCAGACCCACAUGGCAGCCCAGCUCCAGGCCCAGCAGGGUGGGGCGUUGCCCCAGCAGAUCAAGCUGCAGCUGCCUAUCCAGAUCCAGCAGGCAGGAGGCCAGGUGCAGGCCCACCAGAUCCAGAACGUGGUGACCAUCCAGACAGCCAGUGUGCAGGACCACCUGCAGAGGAUCCAGCAGCUCCGAGAGCAGCAGCAGAAGAAGAAGCAGCAGGAGGCCAAAAGGGAGCAGAGCCUGCAGGCCUCCAGUCCCAGCGACAUCAUCCAGAAACAGGUGGUGAUGAAGCAGAAUGCUGUGAUAGAAAAUCUGAAACAGAGGAAGACCAUGACUCCAGCAGAGCGGGAGGAGAACCAGAGAAUAAUCGUCUGCAACCAGGUUAUGAAGUUCAUCCUGGACAAGAUCGACAAGGACGAGAAGCAGGCGGCUAAGAAGAGGAAGAAGGAGGAGUCUGUGGAGCAGAAACGCAGCAAGCAGAAUGCCACCAAGCUCUCGGCUCUGCUCUUCAAGCACAAAGAGCAGCUCAAGGCUGAGAUCCUGAAGAAGAGGGCUCUACUGGACAAGGAGCUGCAGCUGGAGGUUCAGGAGGAGCUGAGGAGGGACAUCAGCAGGCUGAGGAAGGAGAAGGAGAAGGCCCAAGCUGCAGCCUCUCAGGCAGCCGCUGCUGCAGCCGCAGCCCAGGUGGUCUUAUCCCUCUCCCCCACCAUGGCCUCGCUCUCCUCCGCCCACAAACGCAAGAGGGACGACGAGAGGGACUCGUCCUCCGCCAAGCCCAAGAAGAAGAAGAUGAUAUCCACUACCUCAAAGGAUCACAAGAAGGAAGUCAAGCUGUACUGUGUCUGUAAAACGCCCUAUGACGAGGCCAAGUUCUACAUUGGGUGCGACCUGUGCUCCAACUGGUUCCACGGUGCGUGUGUGGGCAUCACGGAGAAGGAGGCCAAGAAGAUGGACGACUACGUCUGUAAUGGCUGCAAGCAGGGCCAGGACUCACAGGACUCCGAGGGCACCACGGAGGAGCUGUACUGCAUCUGCCGGACGCCAUAUGAUGAAACACAGUUUUACAUUGGCUGCGACCGUUGCCAGAACUGGUACCACGGGCGCUGUGUGGGCAUUCUGCAGAGUGAGGCCACCCACAUAGACGAGUAUGUGUGCCCGCAGUGUCAAUCCACGGAGGACGCCAUGACGGUCCUCACACCAUUAACCGACAAGGAUUACGAGGGUUUAAGAAGAAUCCUGCGCUCUUUACAGGCUCACAAAAUGGCGUGGCCGUUCCUUGAACCAGUAGAUCCCAACGAUGCUCCUGAUUAUUAUGGCGUUAUAAAGGAACCGAUGGACCUCUCAACAAUGGAAGACAAAUUACAGAAACGGUAUUACAACAAGCUCACUGAGUUUGUGGCGGACAUGACCAAAGUCUUUGACAACUGCCGCUACUACAACCCCAACGACUCCCCCUUCUUUCAGUGUGCCGAAGUUCUGGAGUCAUUCUUUGUACAGAAGCUCAAAGGUUUCAAAGCUAGCAGAUUGUGAUGUCAUAAGUCUGACGUUAUAGCUGGAGUCUGAGCUGGAUGCUGGGGUCUCUAGUAGUGAAUCAUGGAACUUGCUGUUUCAUAAACAGUGGAAAUUCUGUGUGAUUAUUGUCAGAUUUAAAGAAAUAAACACACAAACACAAGUGUUCUAUCAGUGAAACAAACCAUGCUUAAAUGUACAUUUGCAAGUAUAGAAGCCAAAUUCCAAAGAUGCCUUCCUGUGACAAUCACAAAAUGGCAGCCAUGUUGACUCUUACAAAUCAAGUUAUCAAGGGAUAUGCUUUUUCUCUAUUAUUUUGGUAAUUUUACCAUUUCAAAUUGUAUCAAUUAUCAGCAAGAUAAGUGUCAGGGAAGCUUUUACUUAGAAAUGUUUAAUGUUUAUUUAUAGUUAGUUAUUCUCGGAGAGGGAGAUAUAAAAACAACAUUUGGGACCACAUGUAAAGCUGUAUAUUUUAUUAUUAUAUAUUUAUCAAAUUAAGUUCCUCUCUUCCUCAUGGCCUUCUUUCUGCUCAUUUAAAUAUCAUGCAUUUGUAAUGAAUGGGCAUGAUUUUAAUAUAGUGCACAGGUUUGUAGGUAAAUUUUAGCUUAACUACUGGUUGAUUUAUUAUUUGGAUGUUUUAAAUGUUGUGGUUAAAACAAUAAGAUGAAUAUUGUAUGGUUUUUAAUCCUUUUGUUAAGGAUUAUUUUAUGGUUAAAACAAAGAGAGCCUAUGGUCAGAGGAAUUUAUAUAGACUUAAAAUAAUAAAUAAAAUGUCACGGCUUAACUAUAUUGGACCCCAUGCCUUACUGCAUGAUGGUACCUCAGGAUGUAGACGUGAAGCACCAUUUUCAUUGACUAAGUCAAUCCCAAUGAAUUAGAGCAGCCAUGUUGGUCUAUCUCCUUCCUGGCCCCAAGGCAUCCAUUUUUUCUAUCACUGUAUUGUUGUUUAUUUUUUGUUCAUGUCAGUAUGUUUAAACUAUUCAUAAACAUUUUUAAAGGUUCUCAACUGUUCCCCUUUUCCACAUUCUAUAGGUCUCAUAACAACAAACUACAGACUUCGACCUCUUAGUAUAUACCACAUAUGUGAACAACAAAAAAAUGCACUCUGCGAGAAUGGGGAUAAAUUCUGAACAAUUAAUCCAUGUUGGGACCUGGCUCCUGUGCUUUGUGACCUCUACUCCUCUCCCUCCUUCUGGCCCCACCACGCAGCCCCCAAAGGAAGACUCUCCCUGUAAGACCAGCAGCGCUGCUCCCACACAACUGUCAGGUGGAGCUGCUGCCUGCCCACCUCUGCCACAUGGACAUUUGACAAGGAGUUAAAAUGGAGGGUUUGAAUAAAGGCAUUUCUGAAAAAGGUUACCUUGAAGAAAAUACUUUCUUUGGAGAUCUCACGUUUCCUUGUUCCUUCUUCUUUAUUUGAUUAUUUGAUACCUCUCUAGCCAGUUGAAGAAAUUAAGAAAAGCUUAUGCUUCCAUGGCCAUGCCCAUAACAAAACAAAAAAACAUUUGACGCCUGUUUGAACGUUGAAAAAUGUUGAGCUGAGUUGCACUCAGUGUAUCAGAUUGCACAGUGCACUUAUGUGUGUGUCUCCCCUUUCAAUCACUUUAUUAGAGGUGGUGUGAAAGAUAUCUCAUUGGGAAGUACUUGCUUGAUUUUGGACCUUCUAGCUUUCUGGACACUAACAGUUUGAGUUUCAGUCAAGCUAUGCUGAAAUGAAUAAAGUAUUUGGUAUUAAUUGCCCAGCAGUAAUGACACUGCUAAGGAUAAAAACACAACAUGUAUUUGAAGGUAUCCUGCCCUGUUUGUAAAACUUGUCAGAUUUUGAAUUUUUGUUUUUGUAUUACAGCUGAAGAGAUUGAUGUAUAUGAAACAUAAUAAAUGGAGAAGACUGAGCUCUCUUCCACUACU